GCCGUGCGGCUGCGCGGGGCCGCGGCUCCUCCCGGGCCAUGGCGGGGCGGUUGCUGCGUGCGGCCGGCGGGGCCCGGGCCCUGCUCUCCACCUCCGUGCCCGGCCCGUGCCCGCGCCGCGGCUGCGCCUCGGAGGAGGCGGCGGGGCCGGAGAGGGAGGCGGAGGCGCUGCUGGCCAUGGGCUUCAGCCAGGCGCAGGCCCGGCGGCUCCGCGAGCUGCAGCCCCGCUUGGGCCCGCGGAGGGCGGCGGCGGCGCUGGAGCAGCUGCUGCUGCUGGGGCUGGGCGCUGAGGCGGCGCUGGGGCUGCUGGAGCGGAGCCCGGAGCUGCUGCGGGCGGCCGAGGGGCGGCUGAAGGAGCGCGCCGAGUACCUGAGGCGCCUGGGGCUCGGCGGAGGGCACCUGCAGCGGGCGGCCGGGCGCUGCCCGCAGGUCUUCACCUUGCCCCGGCGGAGGAUGGAGGCGGCGGUGCGGGUGCUGCGGGAGAAAUGCCUCUUCACGGCCGAGCAGCUGACGGAGGUGCUGCAGAGCUGCCCCGGGGUGCUGCUGGAGGAGCCCGGCAGCCUCCAGUACCACUUCCAGUACGCGUACUUCAGGAUGGGCGUCCGCCAGAAGGAGAUGGUCAAGGCGCGUCUCUUCCGAACGCCCUUCGCUGAGCUGAGGACCCGGCACAUCUUCCUGGAGCGCCGCGGCCUCUACCACACCCCUGUCAAGGGCCAGACCCAAAGCAACAACCCCAAACUGAAGGAGGUCCUUCACCUCCCCGAAAAAGACUUCGUGGUCAACCUGGCCCGCGCCACCCUGGAGGAGUACGAGGUCUUCAAGAAGCUGCUGGCUCGAGAGGAGGAAGAGGAGAUGAAGGAAGAGGAAGAGGAGGAAGAAGAAGAGGAUGAGGACAGGGAUACAGAGUAUAUAGACGGAGAUAAGGGCUGGGAUGACGGUAGAAGAGUGUGACCGUGAGUAUGGGGGGCUCCCUGGGGUCUCCCAGCCCCACCACCCGCAGCACAGGUGUGAGGCACAGCGGCUGUGGGAUCCUGCCAGGCUCUGCGUGCAAGGCAGCAGUGAAUCCCAUAGAUCACAACGCAACGCUGACCCUUUGUCCUCCUCAUUGACCAGGUGCUUUAGAAAAUAUCCAGUUUCUAUCAAGUGUUUUUAUUAAAAACAAAACAAAACCAAAA